CUUCAUCUUUUCUCUUCUUUCAUUAUAUCAUCAUCUCAAUACGCACGCUUCUUUCUUUCAGGAUUUCAUCAAAAUGUCAAUGCCUCCCCUACUUGUUCUUGCAUUCACCUUCUUGCUUUUCGGUUUAGCAUGUGAUGCUCAACUUUCCUCUUCCUUUUACGACCAAACUUGUCCUACUGCACUUACAACUAUUAGAACUGUCAUUCGACAAGCCAUCUCCCAAGAGCGCCGUAUGGCUGCAUCUCUCAUUCGCCUCCAUUUCCACGAUUGUUUUGUUCAGGGUUGCGAUGCGUCGAUAUUGCUUGAUGAUACUCCCUCUAUGAUUGGUGAACAAAAUGCAGCACCCAAUAGAGACUCUGCUAGAGGUUAUGGGGUGAUACACAACGCCAAGACGGCAGUUGAGAAGAUUUGUCCCGGCGUUGUAUCUUGUGCUGAUAUUCUUGCAGUUGCUGCAAGAGAUGCUUCUUUUGCUGUCGGUGGUCCAUCAUGGACAGUAAGGCUUGGAAGAAGAGAUUCGACCACUGCAAGCAAAGCUUUAGCAGAGAAUGAGCUUCCACAUUUUCAAGCAGGUCUUGAUCGGCUUAUUUCCAUCUUUUCAAAUAAAGGACUUAGUACAAGAGAUAUGGUUGCACUCUCCGGUUCUCAUACUAUAGGGCAAGCCCAAUGUUUUCUCUUCCGUAAUAGAAUAUACAAUCAAACUAAUAUCGAUGCAGGAUUUGCUAGCACACGUCGAAGGAAUUGUCCAACAUCGAGUGGGAAUGGAAAUUUGGCACCACUGGAUUUGGUCACACCCAAUUCCUUUGACAACAAUUACUUCAAAAAUCUUGUUCAAAGAAAAGGUUUGCUAGAAACAGAUCAAGUUCUCUUUAACGGAGGAUCAACAGAUAGCAUUGUUACAGAGUAUAGCAAAGAUCCAACUAUGUUCAAAUCUGACUUUGCAGCAGCAAUGAUCAAAAUGGGAAAUAUUCAACCUCUCACUGGUUUAGAGGGAGAAAUAAGAAAUAUUUGUGGUAUCGUUAACUAAACUUAUUUUGUUAUUAAACAAAUCAUAAUCUGAGCAAAAAAAAAUUGUAUUAUUUCCAUUUAUUCAUUCGUUAUGUAAUUUAAAUUUUAAAUAUAAUUCUUUGUUAGUAUGUUCCAUUGAUAAAGUUGUAAUUUUACAUUUUUCAAUUAAAGUCAAAUUAUCUUUUCCAUCAAAA